UAGUUACAUUGGCCUGGCCCUAAAUAAACUGGUUCCUAAACGACACCCGGUCGACUAAGCGCACAUCACGAAAGAAGGCAAUGGCAUCUUCGGCAGCUCUUCGAGACCUCCAGCGCGAACUCGAAAACAAAGCUAACGAUCUUAGUAAAAUUCAGAAAGAUAUAGCCAAGAAUCACCAAGUCAGAAAGAAGUACACCAUACAGCUUGGAGAGAACGAACUCGUCCUUAAGGAGUUGGCUCUGUUAAAUGAUGGAGCAAAUGUAUACAAAUUGAUUGGUCCUGUGCUAGUGAAGCAAGAUUUAGCUGAGGCUAAUGCGAAUGUGCGCAAGAGAAUUGAGUACAUCUCUGAUGAAUUGAAGCGACUUGAUGCAACUCUUCAAGAUUUGGAAGAAAAACAAAAUAGCAAGAAAGAGGCGAUCUUUAAAGUACAACAGAGGAUUCAAUCAUUUCAGGCUGGAAAAGCCAAGGCAUAAGUUACUUUGAGUCCAAUUUGUAGCUGUUCCUUCCGCAUCACUUGCAAAUGAGAUUUUGGUGUGCUUCUUCUUACUAUUUGAAGCUACAGUGUGCAUAAUUGCCUAUGAUCAUUGUUGCUGUAGUUUUGUGGGAUGUUAAGUAAUCUUUGGAGCAAUUGUUGUCAUUUAUGUGCAUAUUCCUAGAACAUCUUUGCUAAAUUUCUGAAGAAAAGAAUAUAUUGACUUCAAAUGAGAAAAUAUUUUAUCAAGUUUUACCUACCAGGGUUUUUACUGGCCAA